AUGGCUCCCGCAUCCCCUCUUCCACGGCGCACCCCCACGGGCCGCCGACGCGGCCGCCCGCCCGGCACGACCAACGCGGCGAGGGCGGCGAGACAGGCGUCCCUCUCGGCCAUGGCCGCCUCGGAACCACCGUCGAAGAAGCGUCGCUACGUCCCCGGCGGGCCGGGCGGAGGAGGGCGAUUUGUCGACUCCGACUCCCUACAUCGCUCCGCUUCCGCCGCGUCGGCACCGACGUCGAGAUCGAGCAGGAACGCCGCCCGCGACCUCGCCAACGGCGACACACCAUCCGCGCCCCCUCGACGAGAGAGAAGUGCUCGAAGACGGGUCGUUGCCAGCGAAGACACGAGUGACUUGCCGUGGGGCUCAGCCGCCGCCAUGGCUGCCUCGGUCAAGCAGGCGGAGGACUACAAACCCCGCGAGGAGCGGGGCUGGGAAGAGUUCCACCCGGACCUCGACAUCGAGAAGACGUUUAUGGUUUUCACGGCAGUCGAUACCGAUCCUGCUGCGCAACCUGCCGUUCCUGCUCCUAGCACGCCGGCCCGCCAAGCACCGCCCACGCCCUUGCUCAACGGCUCGCUGACACCCUCGAGACACGUGAACCCUGCAUCCACCGGCAACACGCCAAACCCCCAGGAGAAUGCAGAGCCGAGUGUGCCGGACACGCAGGCGGGGACGCCGUCGAGACGCCCUCGCCGGCAGACACGCGAAGCCGUUAGCUUUUACGGCACCCGCCCCAUCGACUUCGCUUCGACGCCCAAGACGCCCAAAAUUCUACCGAUACACAACCAGACGCCCAAGGAGAGGUUGGACCUGAAGCUGCCCUCGUACCGCAAAACCAACCGCAUAGAGCUGUUCGAGAGCAAGACCUUUGGCCAGGCGCGCUACGUGGACAAGGCGAUGAGCAACGUCGGCUAUCAAGGAAGCGAUCGCUUCCCCCGCUCGGACCGAACCCUCAUCAAGGCCAUCGACGGCAGCGCCGAGGACGAAGUGGACAUGUGCGCGACGCCCAAGGCCGAGGACCACGUCCCUCAAUCCAGGCUCGGCCGGGUCGAGUACGACAUGGACGAGCAGGACGACAUGUGGCUGGAGCAGUACAACGCCCAGCGAAAGCAAAACGAGCUCGAGACCAUCACGAGGGAGGUCUUCGAGAUCACCAUGACGAAAAUCGAAAAGGAAUGGCACACGCUGGAGAGACGAAUCCCGAAACCGAACCCGAAACCGCCGCAGACGCAUCGGCCGAGAUCCGGCUCCGCCGCCGCCGUGAACGGCGAGACGCAGGGCGGCGAGGAGCCCGACAGCAAAUGCGUCAUAUGCGACGACGGAGACUGCGAGAACACCAACGCCAUCGUCUUCUGCGACGGCUGCAACCUGGCCGUCCACCAGGAAUGCUACGGCGUGCCCUUCAUCCCCGAAGGCCAAUGGCUCUGCCGCAAAUGCCAGCUCUGUGGUCGGGGCGUGCCGACGUGCAUCUUCUGCCCCAAUACCGAUGGCGCUUUCAAGCAAACAAACUCAUCCAAGUGGGCUCACCUGCUCUGUGCCAUGUGGAUCCCCGAAGUGUCGCUCGGAAAUCACACAUUCAUGGAGCCGGUGAUGGAUGUGGAAAAGGUGCCCAAGACGAGGUGGAAGCUCUCCUGCUACAUCUGCCACCAGAAGAUGGGUGCCUGCAUCCAGUGCAGCAACAAAAACUGCUACCAAGCCUUCCACGUAACCUGCGCCAGACGAGCUCACCUCUAUCUUAAGAUGAAGACCAGCCAUGGCGCCCUUGCGGUCUUGGACGGCACCAUGGUGCUGAAGGCCUUCUGCGACAAGCACUGCCCGCCCGACUACACCAAGGAGCGCAACGUGCACCAGGCUGCACGCUCGGCCAAGAAGUUUUACAAGAGAAACAUGCGAGGUCGCAUCUGGGCGGACAGCCACGCCAUGGCCAACGUCAUCGCUGCGCAACACCGCAGCGCCAUCGCCGAACAUCUUCCGGACGAGUCCCUGCUGGCCGGGGCCAAGACCUCGGCCGUGGCCGCGGUCGAUAAGAAGAAGGGCGAACCGGCCAAGAACGUUUGGAAGCUCCCGUCCGGAGCCCCCAUCAUUCCGCAGGCAGUCUUCGACAUCGUCGAGGCGUCGAUCCAGCGAUUCCCCUUUAGGAAGCGGAAAGACUUUCUCGGCGAAGCGUGUCGCUAUUGGACGCUGAAGCGAGAGGCCCGUCGUGGCGCUGCUCUGCUCAAGCGACUGCAGCUUCAAAUGGAGACGUUCACUUCCAUGGAGCUGACGCGGCGGAACUUUGCGUCCAUGGGGCCAAGCGGAAAGGCUCGGCUCGCCCGCCGCAUCGAGUUCGCCGAGGACAUCAUCAACGACCUUGAGCAGCUGAAGGCGCUGUCGGAAGAGGUUGUCCAGCGCGAGCAGAUGAAGCUGCAGGCUUCCGAGCUCGAGCAAACCUUUGUCGACGAGUGCUACUUUCCAGUUGCAACGCUUCUCGCUCCCGCGAUUGAGAAGGCCAUCUUACUCGACAAGGACCUCUUUUCCACUGGGCUGGACAUGGUUCAGAAUCGGGUCGGCGAGCGUUAUUACGUGAAUUCGCUCUCCUUCGCCCAGGAACUCGGCGAUGUUAUCAACGCAGGCAUCGUGUCGCGCCCCCGUGUGGACGAAGAAGGUGACGGCUGGGACGCGGGAGACUCGGCUUCGUCCAAGAGCAUGUUCUUAGACAUACGUGAACGUCGAAAGCUGGGCAAGCGCAUUCUCAAGGCCGUCCAGCCAUACAUCGAAACGGCAUUGCGGGUCGAGUCCGAGAUCUUGAACAAGCCGUUUGACGGCAUGCAAAAAGACCUCGAGAGCCUCAUCGACGCAAGCAUCGAUACGGGGCGAGCCGUGAGCGGCGCCGAGGUGGAGAAGCAAGAAGGUGACAAGGAAGACACCAUCAUGGUAGAUGCUCCAGAUUCGUCCGAAAUUACGGUCAAGAGCUCGUUCAACAACACCAAUCAUGACGGUGACGCAGAUCUGAUGGACACAGCCGAGGACCGACAGGAUGGCGGUGGCGGAAACAUCGAAGUGAACACGUCUGGCUUGGGCAUGACCCUACCCGCGACAACGGACGAGCUGGUCAACCCGGCCCGAAAGAGCAGGAGGAGCACGGUCUUGAAGAGCGUCGAGUCGUCGGAGACGCCGCCGGACAGCAACGACUAUGUGGCCGCGCUGGCCCCUCGUCCACCGCCGGCGGAGCCGCCUACACCGCCUCAGUCGAACGGGAGCUUCGGAAAGGAGGCGAGCGACCCCCUCGCCGAGGGAGGCAUCCUGUGGUAUCUUAAGUCGAUGAAGCCCCGAGGCACAUCUAUCCUGGGUGAGCAUUGGGCCGCUGGCAUGGACGCGGUCCGGAUGCUGAGCGAGGACCUGACGGACCUCGACGACGAAGAGCUUAAGGGGCUCGGUCGCGACGUCAACAGCGCUGUCACGGCGUCGGCCAUGGAGGCUGAGGUGACGGUGGACACCUCUGCGAGCGUGGCGAGGAGCAAGGCCAGCAACAGCAGCAGAUCUCGAAAGCGGAGAGCGUCGGGUAGAAAGCGAUGA